AUGGGCCCUGACUUGAGUAAGUACCAUGUUCCCAUCUUCCCACCAUCCUUAGUCGACGGACGCUGUAAACGUCGCUAUGGCGACUCCACCAGCACCUGUUCUUGCCGCCUCUCCUACAAGACACUAUUCUGA